AUGUUUGCCGAUGAUACCAAGUGCUACCGUCCGGUGAAAGAUUUACCCGAUUGCGAAAGUCUGCAGAAUGAUCUCAAUAAUCUCGUGAACUGGUGUACUAUCUGGAAGAUGGACUUAAAUAAGUCUAAAUGCGGAGUAAUGAGCUUCACAAGAAGUCGCCAACCAGUCGCAACAAAUUAUAAACUACUGGAUAGUUCUCUGAGGCAACUAUGUCAUCAAAAAGACCUUGGGAUUGUUGUCACAAAAGAUCUCAAGUGGACGAAACAGGUUGAGGAAAUAACAUCAAAAGCGAGCUCAAUGCUAGGCUUCAUUCGUCGAACAGCCUCCGACACGCAUAACAUCCACGUGCGAAAGGUGUUGUACCUGUCCUUAGUGCGCAGCAAGUUAGGAUAUGCCAGCCAGGUGUGGGCACCUCAAACUGUCAGCGACAUACUGUCAAUAGAACGGGUUCAACGUCGCGCGACCAAAUUCAUCCUUUCCCUUCCUUACAGAACAGCCACAACAUACAGGGAACGACUACUGGUUAUCGGUAUUCUCCCGGUCUGCUAUUGGCACGAAUUUCUAGACUUAGUUUUUCUUUACAAGAGUAUUCUAAGCAACGAUGUCAAUGUGUCAAUACGAACAACCACCCGGACGACUAGAAACGCUGACGCUGUCAAUGGUAUUCUUCUUAAUGUAUCUCGAUGCAGGACAGUUAGCUACAAGAACAAUUUUUAUGUGAGAGCGCCUAGCGUAUGGAACAUUCUCCCUAGCAAUAUUCGUGACACUUCAAGAUCAUUAGCUUACUUUAAAAUCUCUUUAUUCAAUUACUACUUAAACCUUUUAGAACAAAUAUACAACCCGGACAAUCCUAGAACAUUUAAGUCUGUGUGCGUCAAAUGCCACUCAACUCGGUCUCUUGAUAGUUUAUCUUGAUAGGUAAUCACCAGUUAGUGUAAUCACGAGUCGGACGUGUUUUUUUCGCUCCGCUAAAAUCUAUUUCAAAGAUGAAUGCUAAUAAAGACAAGGGAAUUAGCCUUCUACAUAAUAUAUCGCUCAAUGAUAAAGAUAAGCUGAAAUGGACAGGAACAUUUCAAGCGUUGCAAAUGUUUGUUGAAGAAGGGCUAAAUAUAUCUAAUGGCAUUUGGUCUUCCCCUGGUGGAGAUGCAAAGCAAUUUAAAGCUAAAGAUAUAGACUUGCGAUGGUACUCCGACACCCAAUCUAUCACGCUUAAUGGAAAACUUAAGGAAGCAACCAAAGAGCAGUUGAUUUCGUUGGCUUCGGUGUCAAAACGACUUAGUGCCGUUGAAGAAAGCGAAGCAGGGAAUCAGGACAGCUAUAAUGAGAACGUUAGCUUCGAGCAAUCGAGCGAGUCGGAGAAAUCAAGCGAGUCGCAUUCGUUGGAAAAGUCGAGCGAGUUGCAUUCUAAAGAAAGCAAAGCAGGGAAUCAGGACAGCUAUAAUGAGAACGUUAGCUUCGAGCAGUCGAGCGAGGCGGAGAAAUCGAGCGAGUCGCAUUCUUUAGAAUAUCUAAAUAAUCGAUUAGAAGCACUAAAUAAAGCAGUAUCUACCAAUACAGCUGCUAUAAAGUCGCUCAUUGAAAACACGAAUGACAGUAAACAGCCAAAUUAUCAAGAAUUAGAAAACGAAAUUGCCAUACUAAAAGAAAAGAAUCGUAAACUUACGGAUAAGAAUGCAAAACUUAAAGUCGAGAACAGUGACUUGGAAGCGAGAAUUAACAACUUAGCCUAUAUAUUAGCCGAUUUGCAAGGAAAGGCCAAGAGUGCCGAGCAAGAAAAAGAAAGUCUAAUUACUGCUAUGAGACUACUGGUCGAAGAUUCGAACAACGAACCCAACGCCACAAUUAAGAAUUACACUGGUGAAACGAGUAAACAAAGCGAGACACAGGAUUCAGUUGAUUGCGCUGGGCAAACAAAAGAAGUGUUGAAUCCGAACAUUCAAGUGAGUAAUAGAUUUUCCAACCUUAACACUGAGGAAAGUAAUGCAGAUGACGUGGAUGUUACGCAGAAUGACCUUGUUACCGCUCAUACAGAACCAGCAACGAAACCUAAACAAGUAAAUGAGAAAUAUAACAGAAGGCAUCAUACUGGCAGCAAAGAAACGAAGCAAACUUAUCAUCACCCUCGUCCUAACGUUGCUAUCGUGGGAGACUCGAUGCUCAAGCACAUAAAUCCUACACAGCUAAGGAGAAGUACAAGGAGCUUUAACACUCAAAUCAAGACGUUUCCAGGUGCGAAGGUAAGCGAUAUGGAAUAUUAUGUUAAACCUACUCUGGCCCGUACACCCGACCAUUUGAUUCUGCAUGUCGGUACAAACGACGUGAGACAAAGUACACCACAAGAGAUAACAAAUGCCAUAUCCAUGCUUGGGCAACAGAUCAAGAAGGAACUACCUACAACGAAUCUUGCUAUUUCAGAAGUAAUUACAAGAAAUGAUGACCCAAGUCUGAAUACGAAAAUUACAGAACUUAAUACUAAGCUAUCCCAG